AUGGAAUUCUAUCAGCAGCAGCAACAAUCUCAACAACCGCAGCCAAUUGCACAGCAGCACACCGAAACUCAUGUGCCUCAGAGCAAGCCUGUAGUCCAGCAACGUAUUGUGGAUGCUGUACAGCAGUCCUUGUUGCCUCAGCGUUCCACCGUAUCGAAAGGAAAGUACUCGUUGACCGAUUUUUCCAUUAUGAGAACGUUGGGGACCGGCUCCUUUGGCCGUGUCCACUUGGUUCGUUCUGUUCACAACGGCAGAUACUAUGCCAUCAAGGUGUUAAAGAAACACCAAGUUGUCAAGAUGAAACAGGUGGAACACACCAACGAUGAACGGAGAAUGUUGAAGUUAGUGGAGCACCCUUUUCUCAUCAGAAUGUGGGGUACUUUCCAGGACUCCAAGAACUUGUUCAUGGUGAUGGACUACAUUGAAGGUGGUGAAUUGUUCUCGUUGUUGAGAAAGUCGCAGCGAUUCCCCAACCCUGUAGCCAAGUUUUACGCCGCUGAAGUGACUUUGGCGCUUGAAUACUUGCACAACCACGACAUUAUCUACCGUGACUUGAAGCCCGAAAAUAUCUUGCUUGACAGAAACGGCCAUAUCAAAAUCACUGAUUUCGGUUUUGCCAAGGAAGUCAGCACUGUGACAUGGACACUUUGUGGAACACCUGACUACAUCGCUCCCGAGGUGAUUACCACCAAACCAUAUAACAAAUCUGUGGACUGGUGGUCGUUGGGCGUGUUAAUAUUCGAAAUGUUGGCCGGUUACACUCCAUUCUAUGAUUCUACCCCGAUGAAGACCUAUGAAAAGAUUUUGUCAGGAAAGAUCCACUAUCCCAGCUUCUUUGGGGCUGACGUUAUAGACUUGUUGUCCAACUUGAUAACAGCCGACUUGACGAGAAGAUUGGGUAAUUUGAUUAACGGGCCUGCUGACAUCAGAAACCAUCCAUGGUUUCAAGAAGUUGUCUGGGAGAAGUUGUUGGCCAAAGAUAUUGAAACUCCAUACGAACCUCCCAUUACUGCUGGUGUCGGUGAUUCUUCGCUCUUUGACAUUUAUGCCGAAGAUAAAUCUGAAGACUACGGUUCUGCUGGUGACGAUCCAUACGCCGAGUUCUUCGGCGACUUCUAGUUGGUAGAAGCAGCUUCACUUCAUACUCUUUCCUUUUUGAAGUUAUUGACUUUGAAGAUUUUCUAUAUUAUCAGUUUACAUGCGUUUGCUCCGAUUUUUCUUUACUUUUUUUAUUUUAAUGUAUGAUCGUAUAACUACUAAUGCGG